GACGCAUGCGCCGGGAGGGGGCGCAAUCACGGACUCGGCUUGCGGCUGCCGGUUUAAAAAAGGAAACCCCGGAGAGCGAGAGCGCGAAGGAAAUCUGGCCGCCGCCGCCGCCGCGAGCGCUCCGGAAUUUUUAUUUGUUCCCGCAAAGCUGCUGAAGCUCAGAAGCUGAUUCUAUCACAUUGUAAGAUGCCUUUGGAUAAUUCUACAGUCCUCUUAAAUGAAUCUUUAGAACUUGGCGCGUUUCACUAGAUACCUUCAAUCAUCAUUUUGAGCUCAAAGAAUUCUGAGACUUAUGGUUGGUCAUAUAGAAGAUUACCUUGAACCUAUAGUUUCCUGAGGAAUCAGUUUAAAAGAUCCAAAGAGUACAAAAGGUAAAGAAAGGUGCAUCUUAGAAUGCAUCAUAAAAUGAUAUUUUUCCAGAAAAAUAAAAGAAUCCAUCAACUAUUUUGACACACUAAUUUAAGGAAAGUUUAAUUUAAAAAAAUUUUUGUGUGUUAAUUUACCGCCAAAUGUAGUAUCAGCUAUGUUCUGAUAAUUACUUUAGAUACUGAGGAUUCAGUGAUGAACAAGACAGAAGCUGUCCCUGCUGUCAUGAGAACCACCUUCUAGAAGAAUAAUAAUACACAAGUGAGAAACACAAAUAAUACAAAGUGAGAAAUUUGUGGUUUGUACUGUGCAGAUAAUUAAAAUGGAUAAAUGGAUAGUGUAAGGCUGGGCACUGUAAGGUUUGUGCCUGUAAUCCUAGCAGUUUGUGAGGCUGAGGUGGGAGGAUUGUGUGAGCCUAGAAGUUUGAUACCAGCUGGGGCAACAUAGUGAGACCCCAUCUCCACCAAAAAUUUAGAAAUUAGCUGGGCAUGAUGAUGUAUGCCUGUGAUCCCAGCUACUUGGGAGGCUGAGGCAGGAGGACUUGAGCCUAGGAGGUUGAGGCUACAGUGAGCUGUGAUUGUGCCACUGCAUUCCAGCCUGGGAGACAGAGUGAGACCUUGUCUUACACAUACAAAAAAAAAAGGAUAAUGUGGUAGAGACUGGUGACUGCUUUCAUUAGGCAGUCAGAGAUAGCCUAAUUGAAAAAGUGGAAUUUUAAUUGAUAUCGGAAUGGCAAAAGGAGCCAGCUGUGUGAAGAUCUGAGCGAAGAGCUUUAUAGGUAGUGAGAACAAGAAAGACAAUGAAAUGUUUGAGGAACAUAAAGAGCAUAAUGUGCCUGGAAUACAGUAAAUGAUGGGGAGAGUAUAUGGAGAUCAGGUUGGGGGAAAAAACUGGGAGAGAAGCAAAUUUACAGAAGAAAGUUAAGUGUUCUGUUUUAAGUAUAUGACAUUUUGGACACCUUUAAAAUCUGUAGAAAUUUCUGAAAAGCAGUUGGAUAUCUAACUGCAUUUGACAAUCUAUUCUAGGGGUGUGGAUUUGGGAGUCAUUGGCAUGUAGAAGUGUGAUUUAUCUAGGAAGUGUAUACAGAUUUAGAAGGAUUCAGCCCUGGCACAUGCCAGUAUUAAUUAGAGGAGAAGGAGCAGCCAGCAAGAUGAGUAGAAAAGCAGGAGAAUAUUCUGUCACUGGAACCAAGAAAAGAAUGUAUUUAAUAAAUGCAGAAGUGGUCAUCUACAUCACAUAUUGCUUAAUGGUCAAAUAGAGAAUAAAACAGCCAUUAGACUUGGCAAUAUGGAGAUUUGGGAUAACUAAUAAGAGUGAGCAAUUUGAGUGGAGUGGUGGGGAUGAAAGCCUAAUUAAGAGUGAUGAACAAAGAAUAUGGGAAACUGCUAGAGAUGGCAAACAAUACAAUUAAAUUUUAUUUUCUCUUGAAACCUUACUGAAGCUAAAGUAAGAAGAUUUUUACGAAAGACAUAACAGGACACAGAGAAUGGAGAAGAAACAGUAGCAACAAAAUUUGGGACUGCAAAAGGGAGCAUAGUAACUUUCUUGCAAAUCCCAGGAUCCUAAGCCUGCUGUGGGAAAGCUGAAACAAACCUCUUGGCACUGUAGAACCUCUAUAAUUUUCGUGAAUUGAAAACUAUUUCUGGAAAUAGGAGUGAUGGUGGAACUAAAACAGGAUGAUUUGUUGCAAAUCUAUUUAAAGGGUAAUUAUAUUCCAUGGAUCCUUUUCUUAACUUUGGAACCAAGGCAGCCACCUUUUUCCUAUCUUAGCAGAAGUCUGGAGAUUUAUUCCCUAUUAAGGAUAAAAUAAAGGAGCCACAAACAUGGCUGAGAAUGGGGGUGACAUGUUAAAAAUAGAAGGGUUAAGAACCCAGGGUACCAGGUUUUUAUACUCUUCAGGCAAGAGUUGAGAAGAUACGUAAUUCUUUUUUCUGAAUUAUAAUCAUCUUCAAAGAAAAGAUCUAAAGAUUCUGACAUUGAGAAUUCCCCAAAGAAAUAUUUCAACCUGAUAGCCCUACAAUAAAGUUAACAGUCAGCAAGCUGUAUCACACAGAGCUUCAGUUUUUUUAGCACUUACCCUUAAAUAUGAGCUCAUGUUCAGAGAUCAGUAGACAGCUGAGGAAAAACCUCUUACGUGCAAGACAAAGGCCAAACCAAAAGGUAAAACACCAAGUUAGGCUAAAUGGAGAGCAGUUAGGUGGGUGAAAAUUAAACGCAAAUCUUAGAUAAAGGUAAGAGGGAUGCUAUAUCCAUGAAAUAUGAAUGAGAAACAGUAAGAAAUGAAAUUAGAAAUGAAAAACUCAUUGGAAAGGUUGAAAAAUAAAAUCUAUUGAAAGUAGAGCAAAGAGCCAAAGAAAUGGAAAAUGGUAGAGAAAAAAUAAGAAAAUUACAACUGUCCAGGAUCUCCAAUGUUCAAAUAAGUGCUCCAGAAGGAGAGAGGGGAAAUAGAGGGGAAAAACAAAUAAUAGAGAACAACUCAAGAAAACUCUCCAGAAUUAGAGGACAUGAGUUACCAGUUAGGAAAAGCCUGUUGAGUGACCAGUACAGAUAUAAAAACAAGCCAAAACAGGGCAUAUCACUGUUCAAUUUUAGAAAACAAGGGAGUUUCCAGAGUGAAAUAAAAUAACAGGUGACAUCUAAAGGAUCAGUAAUCAGAAUGGCUUUGCACUUCUUGACACCACACUGGAAGCUAGAAGAUAGUGGAGCCUUCGGCAUUCAGAGGGAAGAGUGAUUUUCAACCAGGCAGUUAUUGGAGGAAUUACUCAACAAAAAUAAAGAAGUAAACUAAAAAAGAUGAAGGCAUAGGAUACAAGUAACAGGGAAUAUGACCUAACUAGAGACCCAGGGAAUCACCAGGAUGAUGAUGAAUAAUGAUCACAAGAAGACAGCUGGUCCUCAGGAGAAGUACAAAUGUCUGCUACAAGACGAAAACGUAGUAUGUUAUGUUGUUUACCGUAAGCUGUAGUAAAAUGAGCUCGAUUGUUGACAGAGAUGACAGUAGUAUUUUUGAUGGGUUGGUGGAAGAAGAUGACAAGGACAAAGCAAAAAGAGUAUCUAGAAACAAAUCUGAAAAGAAACGUAGAGAUCAAUUUAAUGUUCUUAUUAAAGAACUGGGAUCCAUGCUUCCUGGUAAUGCUAGAAAGAUGGACAAAUCUACUGUUCUGCAGAAAAGCAUUGAUUUUUUACGAAAACAUAAAGAAAUCACUGCACAGUCAGAUGCUAGUGAAAUUCGACAGGACUGGAAACCUACAUUCCUUAGUAAUGAAGAGUUUACACAAUUAAUGUUAGAGGCUCUUGAUGGUUUUUUUUUAGCAAUCAUGACAGAUGGAAGCAUAAUAUAUGUGUCUGAGAGUGUAACUUCAUUACUUGAACAUUUACCAUCUGAUCUUGUGGAUCAAAGUAUAUUUAAUUUUAUCCCAGAAGGGGAACAUUCAGAGGUUUAUAAAAUACUCUCUACUCAUCUGCUGGAAAGUGAUUCAUUAACCCCAGAAUAUUUAAAAUCAAAAAAUCAGUUAGAAUUCUGUUGUCAUAUGCUCCGAGGAACAAUAGACCCAAAGGAGCCAUCUACCUAUGAAUAUGUAAAAUUUAUAGGAAAUUUCAAAUCUUUAAACAGUGUAUCCUCUUCAGCACACAAUGGUUUUGAAGGAACUAUACAACGCACACAUAGGCCAUCUUAUGAAGAUAGAGUUUGUUUUGUAGCUACUGUCAGGUUAGCUACACCUCAGUUCAUCAAGGAAAUGUGCACUGUUGAAGAACCCAAUGAAGAGUUUACAUCUAGACAUAGUUUAGAAUGGAAGUUUCUGUUUCUAGAUCACAGGGCACCACCCAUAAUAGGGUAUUUGCCAUUUGAAGUUCUGGGAACAUCAGGCUAUGAUUACUAUCAUGUGGAUGACCUAGAAAAUUUGGCAAAAUGUCAUGAGCACUUAAUGCAAUAUGGGAAAGGCAAAUCAUGUUAUUAUAGGUUCCUGACUAAAGGGCAACAGUGGAUUUGGCUUCAGACUCAUUAUUACAUCACUUACCAUCAGUGGAAUUCAAGGCCAGAGUUUAUUGUUUGUACUCACACUGUAGUAAGUUAUGCAGAAGUUAGGGCUGAAAGAAGACGAGAACUUGGCAUUGAAGAGUCUCUUCCUGAGAUAGCUGCUGACAAAAGCCAAGAUUCUGGGUCAGAUAAUCGUAUAAACACAGUCAGUCUCAAGGAAGCAUUGGAAAGGUUUGAUCACAGCCCAACCCCUUCUGCCUCUUCUCGGAGUUCAAGAAAAUCAUCUCACACGGCAGUCUCAGACCCUUCCUCAACACCAACCAAGAUCCCAACGGAUACGAGCACUCCGCCCAGGCAGCAUUUACCAGCUCAUGAGAAGAUGGUGCAAAGAAGGUCAUCAUUUAGUAGUCAGUCCAUAAAUUCCCAGUCUGUCGGUUCAUCAUUAACACAGCCAGUGAUGUCUCAAGCUACAAAUUUACCAAUUCCACAAGGCAUGUCCCAGUUUCAGUUUUCAGCUCAAUUAGGAGCCAUGCAACAUCUGAAAGACCAAUUGGAACAACGGACACGCAUGAUAGAAGCAAAUAUUCAUCGGCAACAAGAAGAACUAAGAAAAAUUCAAGAACAACUUCAGAUGGUCCAUGGUCAGGGGCUGCAGAUGUUUUUGCAACAAUCAAAUCCUGGGUUGAAUUUUGGUUCCGUUCAACUUUCUUCUGGAAAUUCAUCUAACAUCCAGCAACUUGCACCUAUAAAUAUGCAAGGCCAAGUUGUUCCUACUAAUCAGAUUCAAAGUGGGAUGAAUACUGGACACAUUGGCACAACUCAGCACAUGAUACAACAACAGACUUUACAGAGUACAUCAACUCAGAGUCAACAAAAUGUACUGAGUGGGCACAGUCAGCAAACAUCUCUACCCAGUCAGACACAGAGCACUCUUACAGCCCCACUGUAUAACACUAUGGUGAUUUCUCAGCCUGCAGCCGGAAGCAUGGUCCAGAUUCCAUCUAGUAUGCCACAAAACAGCACCCAGAGUGCUGCAGUAACUACAUUCACUCAGGACAGGCAGAUAAGGUUUUCUCAAGGUCAACAACUUGUGACCAAAUUAGUGACUGCUCCUGUAGCUUGUGGGGCAGUCAUGGUACCUAGUACUAUGCUCAUGGGCCAGGUGGUGACUGCAUAUCCUACUUUUGCUACACAACAGCAACAGUCACAGACAUUGUCAGUAACUCAGCAGCAGCAGCAGCAGAGCUCCCAGGAGCAGCAGCUCACUUCAGUUCAGCAACCAUCUCAGGCUCAGCUGACCCAGCCACCGCAACAAUUUUUACAGACUUCUAGGUUGCUCCAUGGGAAUCCCUCAACUCAACUCAUUCUCUCUGCUGCAUUUCCUCUACAACAGAGCACCUUCCCUCAGUCACAUCACCAGCAACAUCAGUCUCAGCAACAGCAGCAACUCAGCCGGCAUAGGACUGACAGCUUGCCCGACCCUUCCAAGGUUCAACCACAGUAGCACAUGGUGCUUCCUCUCUGACAUCAAGGGAGGAAGGGGAUGGCCCAUUAAGAGUUACUCAAAUGACCUGAGGAAAGGAGGGAAAGUUCCAGCAGUUUCAUGAGAUGCAGUAUUGAGUGUUCUAGUUCCUGGAAUUAGUUGGCAGAGAAAAUGCUGCCUAGUGCUACAGAUGUACAUUAAAUACCAGCCAGCAGGAGGUGAUCAUAGGGGCAUAGCCAGUUCUGACAGUGUUUUAGGUGCCUGGAUAUUUUUUGAUGGAAAAAGAAUAUAUUGCCAAAUGUUAAGAAGCUCAGCUAUGAAAUGACCUCCAGGGAAUCAGAAAGGCACUAAUGAUGUUAGUAACUUUUAGUGGUUCUGUGCCUCUUAUCAAGUGUUACAGAGGACAUACCACUGCCAUGUCAGGGGUUUGCUCACAGUGAUGCCAUGAAGACAGUCCAGUAGACUUGGUAGCGACCCCCUCCCCCAACCCCUCUCCCUUUUCAGAUAAUGAUGGAACAGUAAUUACUUUCAGAAUGUUGUGUGGGUUCAAAUUCUCUAUGUACAGAUGAUGUAAAAAUAUGUAUAUGUCUAGAUAAAAGGAGAGAAAGCAAAACAUUUUGUAUGCUGCAUGAAAGCGUUCUCUCUUCCUUACAGGUAUGAGCACCUUUCCUGAGAUUCUGACACCACGUGCAAACUGAUCCAUCCUCUGUCUUUCCUUUUGUUUACAACACAGUAGUGUUCUGUUCACUUUUCCGGGGCACAAGUUUUUUUGUUCAUACUUUGGCUGUGAUGUCACAGUUUGUUCAGUGAGGUAUGAUGUGCUGCUGGGAACGGAUUUUUUUUUUUCAGGUUAAAUUAUUGAUACAACAGGAUUUUCAAGUUAUUCAGAAAUAUCCCUCAUUUCAUUAUUUUUCAAUUAUGUUUGAAAAUAGGAUUUGCACUGCUUUAUUUUAGGUGGUUGGGAGUUUUGAUUGCAUAUUUUGUUAUAGUUCAUAGUUGGAAAUAUUUGCGUAAACGGUUUUCAACAAGCCUGAAAGUAAUUUCAAGAAUGUUUCAGUUAUAGAGGUAAAAUUUGCACACAAAACAUCUUAGGCACUUUUUAACAUUCUCAAUCAUGGGAAUUUUAACUUUUGGGAUUUGUUGAAAUAUUUUUUAUUAUCCUUCACAAUUUCAAUGCUUCUUUUAGUCAGAAAUAAUUCAGGGUUAUUUGAGGGGAAAAAACCCCAUAGUGCCUUGAUUUUAAUUCAGGUGAUAACUCACCAUCUUGAAGUCAUUGUCCGGUUUCCGUAGCAGUUUUGAAACCUUAGUACCUUUAACAGCAUGUGGGUGUCAGUGUCAUUAUUAGUCUCCUACUAAGUUCCUUUGAAGACUGCUAUCAGUCUCUUGGACUGGAGGUACAAAUAAUUUAGAAAUAAAAGAUGACAACCUAACACUAUCAUAGUUAUUAAUGUGAUCCUAAAAUUGUUUCCUAAAUCAGCAUUUUUCUUUAAAGUUAGUCAUUUAAGAAUUUACCAGAAAUAUUUGCUCAAUAUGAUCUUGAUAUUCCUACAAAGAAAAAAGAAGGGGUAGGGAUUUGACUAUGCCUUCACUACAACGUUAGAAUAUUGUAACUCACAUGCCUUGUAAACGUGAACUAAGAUUUCCUUUGGCAAUAUCAUAUUCUAAAAGUAAUAAAUUCCAAUACAAGUUACAUACAUUUUAAAAACAUUUUAUAGAUUUUAUGGUAUUAAUGAAAUUUACAGUGAACAAGAGGAUUAGUAGAAAAUACGUUAUUAGAAUAUAAAAAAUGUUAUUACUGAGGAAAGGGAGGAGAGGACAAGUGUAAUAAAUCAAAGUUGACCUCAAAAGAAAAUGUGUAACAGAGUUGAGGUUGUUAAAACAGAAAAGGUUCUGAACAAUGAAAAUUAACCUAAUGCAGAAUUGCUAGGUAAACAGGUCAGGGGAAUGCUAAGCCAGUUCUUAAGACUUCUCUGUCCUCUGCUUUGCUGUUGUCCUUAAGGCGUAUACUUUGUCUUUCUGCAGAAAAUUGUACCUGGCUACAAUUACUUUGAACAUUAAUGUUGAAAAAACAACCAAAGAAAAUUGGUACUUACCCUUCUACAAAAGAAGUGCAACUAGAUACCAAUCAGUAAUUAACAUAUCAAGGAGCUCUUCUAGCUAAAUGACCAUCCAGUAUAGAUUUCCCACAUUCCCAUGAAUAUCAAGAAUAGUUGUCAGAAUAUGUAUGUACCUGAGCAUAUGUACACAGACAAGGGGGAUGUUGUGGAAUAUGGCAAUAGCAUUGUUCUUCUCCCCUUUCAAAUUGCCUUUCUUGACCUUAUGCCAUUCCAUAUAUGUCUGAGUUGUGCCUCAUUUAUUUAUUGGCAAUACCUAGUGAUAUGGAUUUAGCUAACAAAAGAUAUGAAGAACUAUUAUAUUGAGGCCUGUCCUCUACAUACCACACUUAAAAAUGGUGAACUGUGAGUACUACUUAGGUUGACAGCAACAAAGCAUAAGACAAGCCCCAGGUAAACGUCUAAACUGUUUACUCACAUUGUCCUACUCCAGCCCCUUCAAUUAUUUCCCAUCUCCACAAAUAGUCGGGGAAAAAAAUUAAAAUUUUCCUUUAUGAUUCUUACUGCUCUUCGCAGCUCUUUUCCUGCUUAGAAUUAACCAUUGCUAAUUUAAAGGAGCAGCUAGCUGCUUUUCUUUCAGUCUGAAGCGUAGUAGUGGAAGAGGCAGUAAGCACCAGCUGCCUCUUUGCUGCUUUGUUUUCCUCCUGAUUCUCUUAAAUUUGGGUUGCAAAGCUAUCCCGCCCCCCACCCUGCCCCAUGAAACUUGAGCAUUCAAAUGAAGAUUCAGCAGUGUCUGUUCUUCAUUCAUUUCUAUAGCCAAAGCUGUUAGUUCAAAUCCCAAAUCUAUAGCAUUUAAAGAUAGCAAAUAGAAACACCUUCCAGCUUAAAAAAAAUAAAAAUAAAAAGUCUUCCCUCUGCUUUACUCUCACAGGUAUUCAUCUUUCUUAAAAACACUUAUUCUGGGUGGUACGUUUUAGGUAAGAAACUAUUGAGUUUCAGGAAAAAUGCUAGCUACUCUGCAGUUACUGUGCUCUGGACUUGCAGUUAUCAUAGUUUUGGGGGAGUCAGUAUUGUUUAACAAAUGCAAGUGAGAACUACAAGGGUUAAUAAAGCUGCUCCUCAGAGUGGUGUCAAACCAGAACCCAGACACUUAAAAAGUACUUCAUUUUUUGAAUGGAAAAUAUUGGAGGAACAAGUAUGGGAGAUGCAGGUAGCACGUGAGUAAAUACUACAGUCUAGCCUUCGAGCAUCCCAAAUUCUGGGGGUAACUUGACGGUGCUGUGCUCUCCUUUGUCAUUUAUAUCUGACUUAGGAAUGGAAUAGUAAUAACAAGAUGCCAGUGAUUUGGAAUAGUUUGUUAUAGAAUAUUCAGUGCAAAAUAGUGAAAAUGUUUGGAUUCUUCAGAAGUGCUAUAGUUGUUGGUCAUUGCCUUAAAGCAGUCUGCUUGACGCUAGGAGCACUGAAGCAGUCCAGCUCCAUCAAGAGCAUUGUUGAAGGGAGAAGAACCCUUGUUCAGGAAGCCUUAGAAAGGGAUCCUUAAAAUAGUACUCUACGCAGACAAGUGAAAAUUCUUUUAAACUGGAUAUUACUCAACAUGUUUUCAGAUGUUUCCACUACAUUGAGGCAAACUUUUUAAAAGUGGAAUGCAAAUAGCAUUUUACUUUAGUAUUUCUGCUUUUUUCCGUUUCUUUGGUAAUUGAAAGUUUGUUGAUGAAUAUUUGUGUAAAACGCAUUCAAGUCUAUAACCUUUCCAAUUACCUGUGGCCCUGUCUUAGUCCCACGGGAGUCCCUGUUGGAAGGGGGUAAACACUGGAUAUUAAUGUUGCUGAGUGAGUCUUUCUAGCCAGGACAAGCUGAUUGGAAUUUUUGAAUGGUAGAGAAGAAACAGCACAAAGGCACUUGCCAUUUUAAGUGUUUGGAGAAAGAGAACCUUUUAAGUUUGGAUUGGGUGAGCUUUCUUCUAAAAGGAGCUUCUGAAGUAAUUGCAAAGGAAUAGAAUCGACUAUUUUUAUAGUAUAUUUAAUAUAUUUGUAUAUAACUAUGAGUAUAAUAGGAACCCUCUACAUGUCUCCCACUUUUCUAAUUUACUUCCCCUUUUGCCAUAGCACUAGUAUAGCCUCAUCCGCAUGGGUAAUGUGCCUAUUGUCAGCCUACCAAAAGAUAGUGCUGCUGCUUUAUGAGACAGGUGAGAAAACCCAACUCUCAUGCCUGGGGAUCCUUUACGGAAGGAAUAGCACACACUUUUAAAACAACAAACCACAGUCUAAAAGCAUCAUUUUGAAAUGUAACAAGCACUUUAUUGCAAUUACUCAUUUUGAUAAAGUUUAUUCUUCGGCGUUAACCAUUUCUAAAGGAUCCCCAAAUCAUCACUUACUUAGGUGAAAUUAUAUAAAAUGACACAUUUCUGAGAAAUGUUUAGGUCCAGUGAACCGUAGUUGGUUUAUGGGAGUGAUUUCAAGAUAGCCAAAUGAACUUUGACUUUUGUUUUGAAUGUGGUGGAGUCAAGAGAUUGUAGAUGCCUAGUUUGAUUUAAACACUAUUAUAAACCUAUCUUGCCUAUUGUGUGGACACCAAAAGAGACCAAUGAGCCUGUUUAUUUUUCAGAGGUCUAGGAAAAUUGCAUCCGUGUGAGUAGAUGUACAGAACUAAUCUAAAAGUGAUCGCUAGUAAUAUUUUAGAAUAUAAUAAUUUCAAGAAUCAUUCUGAGUGUUUUAAAUGUGCCCUGAAAUGUUGGCAUGUCAUUUCAGCAUUUCCAUUUGAAUUGCUCUUGUAAUAUUUUUGCACAAAAAGGACUGAGAAAAAGACUACUUUGGUUAAAGGAAAAAAAUAGUAUAAUUUGGUCUUUAAUUUUAAUGUCUCUUGUGGAAACACUGGGGAUGAAUUUUGUUGGCACAGUUAUUCAGGAUAUUUAAAACAGUGUUGAACAGUUCACAAGAAAUUAAGCAAACUUGGAUUUUAAAAAUUAAAAUACUUUCUUUCCAUGUGACUGUUUUGCAUAGUUUUUUCCCCCUAUGUCAUAACACUACAUUCCUUGUUUUUCUUAAAUAAAAUACUCUGCAGGUUUUGUUGUGAGUGUUUAACAGUAUUUUGUAAGCUGCCUGGGUUUCCUCAGGGAAACAUUAUUUAGUGGAAUAGGAUAUAGUUUAUGGAGAGACAAUUAAGUGAAAUUCCAUCACCACCACCAGCAAACACUGAGGUGCUGCAUUAAGUGACAAUCAAACUAGUAAGUAUUUAUGAAAGAAUUUAGAAAGGGGUUCAAAGAAGCAAUUGCUUUUAAAGCAGUUCUCUGGGGUUCUUGAAUAAAAAUGGCUAAAUGUAUUUAUUUAUAUUUUAAAAUAUCUGUGUGUUCUGUUCUCUCAUCAAAGUGAUUUCGGUGUCAUGUAUUUAAUUUGUGGUUUGUUUUGUUUUGCACCAUAUUCUUCUUAGAGAACUGGCUCUGAUUUGGGGUGCAGUCACCAACUCUCAUGAUAAUCUUUACGGACAGUCUGAAUCUACUUUACUUCAGGACGGCAGUGGAGGGGCCAACUCCAGAUGCCCCUGCACUUCCCUCCUCAAGUCAUCUAAGAAAGAAUUUUAAAAAUAACUCCUUUCAAGUCUGAUUCAUACAGUUCCAACCUUUUUCUAGUUUCACUUGCUGCCUUCUCUGUUUUAUGGGCACUUUUUGUGUGAUUACUUCCCCAACACAGCCAAAGGCCAGUAUGACAGAACCAAUGGCACAUGAUGCCUCUAUUUUGCUCAUUUGGGGAAAUGUUAAUAAAAGAAAUCUCUUUUAAUGGCUGUCAUUAUCAUAUCCAUAUUAAAAUCCAUUUAAAGUUCUUAAAUUUGGUGGAAUAAUGUAUACAGGCUGUAAACUUCUACAAAAAAAUGUUGGCUGUCUUUAAUAUGGUGUCAUGUUACGUGUUCCUUUGAAAACAAAACAAAACUUCCAUACACAGCACUGCCCAGUAAAGCAGUGUUGGAAUAUUGGAAGCCUAGACAUUUGAGGAUCCUUCUUGCUCACAUGCAUUGGAACAGAAUCCUCCACUUUAGGACUCAGAGAAGCUAUGGAGUCCCACAGGCUAGGUAUAGCACACAACUUAGAGAAUGGUAGUUAAAGCACGUCAACCACAAUUGAAUUUAAUGAUCUAAAAAAUAUUUCUUAACUCGGAGGGUUAAACUGAAGAUACGUUUUCAAAUAAAAGCUAUUACAUUUCUUAGGAAACAAACUGUGACAUCGCUUCUAAAAAUGACUUUCAAAUGUUUAUAAUGUGUGUUUUUGAGUUGGCUUGGACUAGUGUAAGUUCACUGCUGGCAAUGAUUACGCCAGUAGUUAAGUUAAAAUAAGUUGUUACCCUUCAGAUUGAUGUCUUGUAUAACCAGACAAUCAUCUUCAAGCAAAAAAAUUGGCCAGGAAAUGUUUUUUUUUUAAAAAAAAAAAAAAAAAAAAAAAAAGAUGUGUCAGCCAGAACAGUUAUCAUUCAGACCAUACUGGAAUGAUUUUGAAAUCUUUACUAUGGUGUAAGUUGGGGAAGGCCUCAGUAUGGCACUUUCAUAUUCACUCUGUGUAAAGAUUGAAGCCCAAAGAUGAGUUAAAUUCAGUGCUGUAUUGAAACCAGUCAGUGCAAAAAAAAAGUUUUACCUUUGUAAAUUUUUCAUUGUUAACAUCAGUUGGUAGUUGUUAAAACAUGCACCAAAUUCUUUAUAAUGUUCUGUGUGGUUCUCAAUGUGAUAUUGUUGACAUUGCUGUCCUUACUGCUUGGUUCUUGGUUUUAAAUUAAAAAGUAGAUGUAGCCCAUCAUUUUUACUUCCAAAACGGUGGAGCUAAAAACGGCUAAUUGAUCUUGAGAUAAGAAUACCCUUUACUAAGGCAAAGAUUUAAUUGAAAUCCAAAUUGAUUUAUAGAAAUGAAACUGACAUUUUCCAUUUGUUGUCUUCUGCCGAAAUUCUGAAUUGCAUACACGCAUGAAGGAUAAUGAAUGGUUUCAACGGUGCUAUAUUAGGUUCUCUGAUUUUCAUGACCUAUGUAUGUUUGGAAAUACAAUAUUGUAUAAAAUGUGGAUCGUUUUGUUACCGAUUUAAUAUUGCCAUUUUAAUUUGGUGUAACAAUUGGUUACACUUAUUUUUCAAAGCUAUCCUUUGAGGAGAAAGUCAAAAUGUGUUGUUAGCCUACCUCCACUCAGGCCUCUUGCUGUGUAAUCAUUAUCCCAGGUUAUGAUGUGCAUAGCUUUUAAAACUGCGUGUACUAUUAUUCUGCUCUUUCCCAUACUCUUGUCAUGUAUUCAGAACCUAAACGUAUAGCAAAAGAGCCAAGCAGUAGCAGUUUUUGUAAAUGUAAAAAUAAUUAGAUCCAGACUUUGUUUCCUUCCAUUUUAAAAAUAAAAAAUACCUCAGUGCUAUGUUUUUCAGUAUCACCUGCAUUUCUCAAAAAAUAACACCUGCUUCAUGUGGCACAUAACUUGUAAGAAUCACAUUUUGGAUUUUAAAGAAAGACUAUUAAAUAUUUUAAGAUCACUA